AUGGAAGACGAAAACCAUCCACUGUUGUUGUUUGAUGUCCGCAUGAGGGACCUCUGCCAGAGCAUCAUGUGGCCCGCCCUCCUAGUGUGUCAGCUUGUCCUGAUUCUCCAGUCGGAGGCUCAGAGUCCCUGCCUCACCCACCCAACAUUCAGAGACCCAGACAACUCUGAUAUCACAGUUGUGUGUGGCACAAACAGGAUGGAUUUGCAAAUUUUGCUGUGCCCUAUGUACUUCUAUGGAUAUAAUGAAUCCAUGGUGGCUCUUAAUGGUAACUUUGCCAAGCCCGAGUGCAAAGGAACCGCUGACUGGACCGUCAACCCACCUGUACUGAAAUUCCAGUUCUACAUCGGUGAACCAUACAUAUCUGCUUGCUCCAAUAAGCUGACGAUCACUCAGGAGGUGGGAUCUGGGCUGUUCUCUGACUUCUCUAGUGUGCAGGCUGUGAACAUCUCUGGGGUUGUCAACACUCAGGACCCUAAUGCUGGAACCAUCACCUACCGGCAGGAGAUGAAAUACCUCUUUUCCUGUAGAUACCCACUGCAGUACUUGAUCAACAACACGGAGAUGAGUGUAUCUGGAGUGAGUCUGGCAAUUAAGGACAAUAAUGGUAGUUUCAUCAGCACUCUGAGCAUGGCUCUUUUCGAGGAUUACACAUAUACAACUCGUCUCUUCAUUCCUCCAACGGGUCUCAUGCUGAAGACCAGGGUUUUUGCGGAAGUUCGAGCCACUAAUCUCACAGAGAGGUUCAAUGUUCUUUUGGAUCGAUGCUAUACAACCACUAGUCCUUACCCAGGCAACAGCACAUCAUUUGACCUGUUCGUCGGAUGUACCCAUGAUCUUCAAACCAUUAUGGGUGUGAAUGGAGAACAGCAGGUGGCGCGCUUCUCGUUCGAGACCUUUCGCUUUAUAGAGCACAGAAACAGGACAGUUUCGACCUUUUAUCUGCACUGUACCACCAGGCUCUGCGAGAGCUCUUUCUGUAGAUCCCUACGGCAGAAUUGCACAACGAGGAAGAGGAGAGAAGUCCAGUCAGCUCAGGGAACCUCAGUGAGUGACGUCGCUACGGUGAGCUCUGGACCAAUCAUCACCAAAGUGGAUGUUAGUUGUUCUGAUGUUUGUGCAGCGUCUCAGGAUGAGAAGUCAGCGGAGGCAGUGGUGGGCAUCUCUGUGGCAGCGGGGGUAUUCGGAGCGCUGUGCAUCAUCAUGCUGGCUGUGCUUGUCUACAAGAUCCGCAGGGACAAGUUCAAAGUAGACAAAUCAACCCUUUUUCACUGACAUCUCUCAAACAGAGAUCCCAUUUCUGUACUCUGUCAGGGUUCGCUUGCCACAGUUAAAGCUGUUCGCAUAGACACUCUAGAAAUGGCUUCUGCACUGACCUGUAGUUCAAGAGGAUAGGAAUGGGAUGAUGAGUAGAUGUCGCAAUAAGAAAAUCUCACCAAACCAAUAUUAUAAAUAGAUC